AUGAUCCUCUCCACUUCAGAAGAUAAGACGGCCGCGACACACUCGUGGUUGGUCCAAGCCCAAGUCUUUGUACGCUGGAUCUUCACCCCCCUGGGAUUGUUCAUUACGAUCUAUGGACUGAACGUGAUCGCCUGGGGCGGCAUGCUCUUCUUGCUGCUGUGCAACGCCGCGCCGGCCAUGUGUCACCCAAGCUGUGACAGCCUGUACUCCUCGCGUCGCAUCUGGAUCGAGAUCGAUUCGCAGAUCCUCAAUGCCUUAUUCUGUGUCACGGGGUUCGGACUCGCCCCGUGGCGCAUACGCGACCUGUACCAAUGGUGCCGCUGGCGCCUGGCGCGCACCCCGCGCACACGGCAACAAGGAUUGAAUCGGCUCUCCGAGAUCCAUGUCAAAUGGUUCCAGCUUUCGGAGGGGCAAGGUGAAGAGGACGGGGACCUGCCAACGUUUACCACUGCCACUGCCGUUCGCUCAUCUUCAGCCGAAUCCGGAUCUCGUCUCACCAACCCCAACACACCGCUAUGGAAGAUGGAUGCGGUGGUCUUGGGCAAUAUCAUGAACUCUGUCCUCCAGGUCUGCCUGGCCGUCUGCAUGUGGGCGAUGAAUCGCUUCAAUCGCCCCAGCUGGACAACGGGCCUGUUCGUGGCCCUGGCGUGUCUGUGCGCUGGGUGCGCCGGCAUCAUCAUGUGGCUCGAAGAGAAACGCAUCUGCAAGCCCAGCGAGCAUCCGGGCGCCCUUCUCUUAGUGCCAUAUGCCCAAGCAGCCUUGGUUCCCGAGACAGGCAGAAAUUCAGCUCUUCAUCUGAACCCAGCAGGAAGCCCCAGAACGGUGCCGUCAUAA